AUGCAUUGGCUACGGUCUAUACACGCCGUUGUUGGCAUUUGUCUGGCUGCCGCCUGCGUGAAUGCUAAGGCCGCUGUGGUCGCGUCAAAAACUAUAGAGCUGUUUCCAGAAGUGACACUCGAAGAACGGGCUCCCACUAUUACAAGCCGGCCAGACCCUCCAGUAGUUGACUUUGGUGAUGCAGAGACAUACAGACCGCGUAUCGGCGUCGACACCAACUAUCUGACAUGGGAGGAAUCGAGUACUAAAUGGAUCGGUGUGUGGACAGAAUACCUCACCCAAGGGCCCUCGACGACGGAGUAUAUAAAGAUGCACACAGCUACGGCGACGGAGGACGGCCAGCGUCCUGGUGAUGUUGCUAUCUUGGUACCCCCGGUGGUUGCUACAGCUCUUGCCAACACCGUUACAAAGUCAAUGGAAGCAUGUAAACUCCCAAUUGUGAAACGCAGGGUCAGGACAGGUGGCAUGUACCCUUCAAGCCCCUUCUCUCUUAUACAUAAUCUUAUACACGGUGUCGAGGCGAUCAAGCACGAAUGGUUCCACCGAUUCAACAUCCCCGCCAAUGGAAUUCCCAAGCCCAAAGAAGAGGAAGAUGGGCUGACCUGCGAUAAGAACGCGCCUCGCGAUGAGUUCUCCCUGACGUGCACGGAUCAUAACUGCAAUGGACCGAAUGAGUGUUCUGAUCCCAUAGCUUGCGAUACCUCGAACGACCGCUGCACUACUGGGCAUGACAAGGGCUGUCUCUGUCUGCAUGAGUCUUUCGAUAUUAUCGCAGAAUACAUUCCAUUAGAGUUCUUUGAAGUGCAGGAUGAGAUAAUCGAGGGACUGCUUAAUUCCUCCGCCGGCGUCCCUUCCAAACCCUUCCCUACUUUGAGGUUGUUGCCUCUCGGCGACUCAAUCACGAAGGGAUCUGGCAGCAGUGACGACAACGGAUACCGCAGGAGGCUGCACGACUUACUGCUCAAUGAUGCAGACACUGGAGGGGACAACGAUGACGACAGGGUAUCCAAAGUGGACUUCAUUGGCACGUUCCGUAAUGGCAACUUCGAGGACCGCGACCACCAGGGUCUCUCUGGGAAGCGAAUCUCGGACAUCGCCGCUGCGUCAGAUCGUGUUGUCAAGGCGCGACCAAACGUCAUCCUCGUCCACGUAGGCACGAACGAUCUGGAUAAACCUGUUGAACCCGUCGAGACUGCGCCGGACCGCCUCCGGGCAUUGCUUGACGGACUCAGGGAAGCCUGUCCGGAUGCAGCGAUUCUCGUCUCGGAGGUCAUGCUCAACACCCAUACAGACGUGCAGGCUAAGAUCAACGUCUUCAACCAAGCGCUAAACGGUAUUGUUACGGAGAAGCAGAACGCCGGCGAACAUAUCGCGGUGGUCCCCAUGGGCAAUUUGCUCACCUCUGAGGACCUGGCGGCGAAUGACUAUAAACACCCGGGCAAUCAGGGGUACAAGAAGAUGGCAGGCGCCUGGUUCAAUGCUAUUGAUGAGGCGAACUCGCGCAGCUGGAUCAAAAACCCUGUAGAGCCCGAAGUGACCUCCGGCGUCGGCCUAGGUGGCACAGGCAGCAGCCGGAAUAUCUGUGAUGGAAACAACUGGGAGCGAGUCGGGACGGUGACGCCCCCCUUGCUAAAAGUCUGGAAUGAGCAAGGCAUUUUUGCUUAUGAUGGCCGACUACCGACAGCCAAAUGGGUACAGUGGGCAGAUAUCAAUGGGGACGGCCGGGACGACUACCUUGCUAUCCAAAAAGACGGCGCAGUGCAUGCGGCUCUCUUUGACGAAAACGGUCAGCUCGCGCGUGUCGUGAGGAAUUUCGCCGCUGGUGUCAACGGAUUCUCGGGAGACAAGGUGCAUUUCGCAGACAUUGACGGAGACGGGUACGCGGACUAUGUGCUCCAAGCUAUCAACGGCUCCGCGACAGUGUCAAUCAACACACAUAAUGUUGGUUCCAAGACCGGCGAACGCAAUUUCGAGGCCCCCCGUUUGAUUGCAGGUGGCGUCGAUGACGUACCGGGGAGCAAGAUCCGCUACGCGGAUCUUAACGGUGAUGGUCGUGCUGAUUAUCUGAUACUGUAUGAUGGCGGCGCGGUCAAGGCAUAUAUUAACAACGGAGACUAUCGAUUCCACGAAUACGGCACUGUGGCCACGGGCGUUUCGGGCGCACCGGGUAGCAGGGUUGUCCUUACGGAUGUGGAUGGCGAUGGUUAUGCGGACUAUGUCAUUUUGGCUGUUGAACGGGAGCUUCCUAGCGCUGGGUGCAUGGCGGAUUCGGACUGCAGCGGUGAAUGCGACUCUGAAGAGGACUACUUUUGCCAGAAUGAUGGAAAGUGCAAAUGCGAAAAGAAGCCAGAAAAGGAAUGUUCAAAGACUGCAGACUGCUUAGGCGGCUGGAGGCCGGGCAAGGAAGCUAAUGAGAGAAUCAUCAGGAUUAUAAUGGCUUCGUCUGUCAAAAUGGGAGAACAUGGGAUUCUAUUGCAAGGAGUGAGCGGCAUCUGUUGCAGUCUAAUAUCUUCUCGUGCCAAAUCUGACGGAGCUCUUAGGGACUUCGAGGAGUGCCACUGUCUUGUUGCCUACGUGGAUGGAAGAGCUACAGAGUAUGAAUGUGACCCCAAGGAUGACUGGGAGGUCUGUGAUUCUCACUGCCCGGGUGCCAUCGGUUUCUGCAUGUUCUCCCAACGAGAAGAUCUCACACAUCGUGUCUGCCACUGCCUCGACAACGUAGAGUCGUUGAAGCGAAGAGAUUUGUCCGUACUAAGUGCCAACAUCACAAUGGACCGUUCAGCACCUUCUGGUCAGAUGCAAAACCAAAAAAGAGCCGACGGAGCAGAAUCAGCCAAUCCCAUCACCUUCAUGCGCAACACGCAUAAGCUGGCCACCGAUGGCAGUGGUGGUAACUGGGCUGAGCGGACGCUGCUCUCCACCGGCGUCCAGAAUCCCGAAGGGUCUGUUCACUUUGCCAAGUUCAUUCACGACAAGAUUCCCGACUACGUCGUCGUGGCGAAUCCGGACACAGACCCUGCUUUUGGCGUCUGGUCUGGCACUGGAAUGUAUGACAAGGCUGGCGCUAUCCGGUUUGCCGAUCUCGACGGCGAUGGGCGCGACGAUUAUAUCCGUGUUAGCAUUAACGGAGCGGUCGAUGCCUGGCUAAAUAAAGGAGUUAAUAGCCUAGUUCGCCUCCCUGGACUUGCUCCUGGUCUUAAAGGAGUCACCCCGGAGAAAGUUCAGUUUGCAGAUGUUAAUGGCGAUGGCAAGGCAGACUACCUGGUGGUUUGGGAGGGAGGCGCCGUCGAGGCGUACCUCAACACAGGACAGCUCGCACCCAGCGGGAAAGGAGAUGGUCGGAACUGGAGAGAGAAGAUGGUCAUUGCGCCGGGCAUUAACGGCGUCCUCGGUGAUAAAAUUCGGUUUGCAGACAUUGACGGAGACGGCAGAGCAGAUUUGCUGGUGUUGUAUGAUGGUGGCGGCAUCGAUGGAUACCUGAACACAGGCGUUCUAAAUCAAGACUCUUCUAAGAGAAGCUGGCAGAAGCUAUCUGGGCCUUUUGCGGCCGGAGUCAACGGAGUCCCAGGAAGCAAGGUCCGCCUUGCUGAUAUUGACGGUGACGGCCUAGCAGACUACCUCGUCCUUUACGACGGAGGAGCCGUCCACGCCUAUCGCAACACCGGCAACGUCGCAGACGACCCUAACUCGCGGAACUUUGACGACUGGGGCGUCAUAGCAGAGGGUGUCAGUGGGAUCUCCGGCAAGAAUGUCUAUUUUGCGGAUCUCAGCGGCGAUGGCAAAGCAGACUAUGUCGCUAUCAAUGAAGACGGAUCGAUUGAACUUUUAGCCAACAAGUGUGGCGCCUAG